AUGAGGUUAUUGCCAUCAAUAAAGUGUAAAAAUGCAGCACUCUCUUGUUUUCGUUACAUCUCCGAGGCAUCCAGUAGUGCUGCAUCGGUGGACCAACAUGAUGUGUUGGCAAAGAGGAAUGCCAUGUUCAACAAGGAGCAAGAACGACAGCGGUCGUUGAUCGCUCGUUUGGAGAAAAUCGAGGUGCAGUAUGAAGGUGCCCCCAAAAAUGCAACGCUCAUUAUGAACAAAGGGCUCUCAACACCAUUUGACUGUGCAAGGCAUCUCACUGAGAUGCUGCUGAAGCGCAGCUGCAUCGCAGAGGUGAACGGUGUACCGUGGGACAUGCACAAGCCACUGGUGGAAGACUGUCGGCUCCGGUUGCUCCACUUCCACGACCAGGACCCGUUUGUGGCCAAUAAGACCUUCUGGCGCUCGUGCAGCUUCAUGCUCGGAGCAGUGAUCGAAUCCGCCUUCAAGGAUGGCGUCACGGUGCAUCUGCACAGCUUCCCUCCACCAGAUGUGAAAAGUGGUAGCUUUGUCCACGACGCUCAGCUCGGCCUUCCGGAUUGGAGUCCCCGCAAGGAGGAGUUGCAGAUCCUUUCUGUGCAGAUGGUGAAGUUAGCCUACAGGGAGCUCAAAUUCGAACGGUUGGAGGUAUCCAAAGACCUGGCGCUGGACAUGUUCCAGGACAAUCCGCACAAGCGGAAGCAGAUCCCCGACAUCGCCGAGCAUUCGGAGGGAAAUGUGGUGCUCUAUAGGAUCGGUGAACACAUCGACAUCAGCAAGGGGCCCAUGAUGGGGAGCACAAGAUUCUUGGGCCGCUGCACCGUCGCUGCCGUGCACCGUGUCCAAAAAGACGGAUUGGAUCUCUAUAGGUUUCAAGGUGUUGCACUGCCGUAUGGCAUGCUGUUGAAUCAUUUUGCAUAUGGACUCAUUGAAGAGAGGGGGCGGUUGCUAAAUCAUGGCUGGAGUCGUGCCCAAGCAUGGUGA